AUGGCUUCCGUACAGCCCGAGGCAGACUUCCUGCUCCCGAUCGCCCCCUCCUCCGCCGUCUCCUUUUUCCGCUCCACCCCGCGCUGGCCGGGCGCGGCCCGUGCCUUCGACUUCACCACCGACUACGUCGCUCGCAAUGCCCUCACGGCCCUCAUCCCAGCCUUUUUCGCCGUCUUCCUCGUCCUUCUCUACCUCGUCCUGCUCACCAUCCGCUACACAUGCAAGGAGUCCUCCGUGGACGCCCGCCUCCUCACCCCGCCGCGCACGCGCCGCGCCACGCUCCUCGCCCUGCUCGUCUCCGUCGCCCUCACCUUUGUCAUCUUCCUCUUCAUCGCCCUGGGCAUAUCCUCGGUCACGGCUGCCAACUUCGCCUUCCGCGACGCCCUGGACGUCAUCUCCGGCCUGGUCGCGGACGUCUCGCGCGUGGGCUACGCCUUCGUUGACGUCGCCGUCGACGUCCAGAACCGCCUGCUCAGCUUCUCGGCCGCCGCGCAAGAGGACACGCCUCUGACGGCCGCCCUGCCCGACCAGUACCUCCCGGCCCUCCGCGCCGUGCCGGAAUACAUCACAAGCGUGUACCCGGACCUCGGCCCGCUCACCGACUCGAUCGAGGUCCUGCUCGAGGACAUCACCGACGUGCUCAAAGCCACACGCAAGGCCAUCGCGCUCGCCUCGGGCGUCCUCGUCGCCAUUUGUCUCUUGCUCCUCCUCGCGCCCGUGCUGCUCCUCCUUCUCGAUUCCAUGCCGCUGGGGAAGCGCUCGCGCCCGUGGCGCGUCUUUGUCCACAUCCUCAUCCUCAUCUUCCCCCCCUUUCUCGCGUGGACCAUGGUCGGCAUCACGUCCGCCGUGGGCGCCGUCUUGUCCGAUGUCUGCGUCAUGUUUAACGACUAUCGCCAGGUCUUGUCGGGCACGCUCGCCGCUGCAGACAUUCCCGAAAACGCCUUGAUCAACGCCGGCGCUACGUGCCCCACCACCGUCGACGCAACCCGCGUGGCCGAGCAGAUGAACGGCACCAUCGAAUCCAUCCUGCAGAGCCCUUUCGCCACACAGAGCGUCAAAAUCAUCCUCGACAUCGCCCCGCAGAAGCUCGCCGACACCGCUGCCUGGUCGCGCGACGAGAUCACCGCCUAUCUCAACUGCUCAAGGCUCAUCGAGUUUAGCGGCCAGAUAGAGUUUAUCGCGUGCGGCGCCGAGGGGAAGAGCGCCAUCGAGGCCAAUUAUGACCUCUUCGUCUCGUUUCUGGGCAUGGCCCUGGUCCUGUCCCUCGCCUUGUUCCUGUCCCUGGUCGGCCUGCGAGUUACUUGGUCUCUGUUUGUGUGGCAGGGGGGCAAUUUUCCCCCGUUCUCACAGGCGCCGCAACACCCGAGUGCGGAACGGUAUGCACCGCCGCCAAAGAGCGAUAUGACUGUGGAGGCGUCAUAGGGAACUCUUGGUACACGGACAACGCGCAACACCUCAUUUUUGCCUUUUGACUUAUUUAAGGGGCCGGAGCCUCCCGGCUUUGGGGCUCUAAGCUUGCGGAUAGCCAACUUUUUGUUCUUGUUUCUCCACAGCGCGAAGGGGAAAGCACCCCUGUGCAGAUCUUAGAAUGGAUUUAGCAACAAUUGUUUCGGGAACAUAUUACCGUUCCGUCUUACUAACUACCAUGUAUAUACACUUGAAAGUCGGGAACAGGUCAGUAAACUGAAGUUUUGAUACGA